GACUCUCUUUCAGAAAUCAGUUUCUGGAAGAACAAGUUGGUAUUCUUCAAUAGCAAGGUUUGUUCGUCGGUCCAGUCCCUUCCGGUCAGGGUCACCUUUUCAGAUGCCCCCAAUUCGGCUUGCGGUGCUUUCGUAAAAGAAUCAAAUUUAGUAUUUUAUCAGAACUGGUCUCCUGUAGUGCGUGCCUAAAGUUCUACAUGGAGAGAACUCAAAGCUGUUUGCCUCGCCUUGGAAGCUUUCGCGAGUCAUCUUUCUGGUGUUAAGGUUAUUUGGUAUUCCGAUAACCAGAACGUCGAAUCUAUUCUUCAAAACAGUAGUAGGGUAGCUGACAUGCACCAAUUGGCCCUCCCAGUUAUCCAAAUAUGUCUUGAGUUUCACAUAUCACUUGAGGUUAAGUGGAUCCCUUAGGAGCUUAACGCUAAGGCUGAUGCAAUAAGCAAUUUAACCGAUUAUGAUGACUAUACCAUUAACGAAGCUAUCUUUCAAAGAAUUAACCUAUUUUGGGGGUCCCACACCGUUGACAGAUUUGCUUGUCCCUAUAACGCUAAGGUACCAAGAUUUAACUCUGAGAUUUUUUCAGACCGGCUGUGUAGUAGUAGAUGCCUUCUCCCAAGAUUGGGGGCACGAUAAUGAUUGGAUUUGUCCUCCAGUGUGCCUAUUAAUUAGAGUAGUAAAGCACAUGGAAUUGUGUAAGGCGAGAGGAGCGGUUAUCCUCCCCUUGUGGAAGUCCUCUUGCUUAUGGACUUUAUUUUGUAGAGACGGUGUGCAACGGUACAGUUUCGUAAUUGACUGGGUGUUUUUACCCAAGUUCUCAGGUCUCUUUAUCAGAGGGAAAGCCCGAAACUCGCUUUUCGGUUCCAGACCCCUGGACUUUGAUGCUAUAGCCCUUCGAAUUGAUUUCGCCGCCCCAGAUCUCCCUGUGCUUGCGUAGGCUUCUGUACGAAGUUCAGUAUAGACUGUGAUCGUUGUAAUUAGCCCGGCGGGCUUUUUGUAUUCACCGCGGAAGUUUUCUCUUCUGGGUGCAAAUGUGAUUUUGUUUCAGUCAAUCCCAGCGUAAUUGCUCUAAGUCCUUUGUACUUAGCUUAUGGGUUGUUUGGCAUUUACUCAGGCUUGAAGUGACUUAAAUCAUAGAAUUGCUCGUCAGUAUUGCGUAUUGCGUUAUGACACGAGUUUGUGUCAAGAAUUUAUUCAACAUUGUUUGAAAUUAAAGGGACCCAUUUGUAGGCGUAGGCUUCUGUACGAAGUUCAGUAAAGACUGUGAUCGUUGUAAUUAGCCCGGCAGGCUUUUGUAUUCACCGCGGAAGUUUUCUCUUCUGGGUGAAAAUGUGAUUUUGUUUCAGUCAAUCCUAAAGAAGUUAUAUUUCCCUUAAAAAAGGCUUCAUGGUUAUUAAGGUUUUGAAAAGCAAGAAUGUCCAGCUCCGUAAAGGCGACGAAGUCGUUAUGUUAUAAUUGUCUAGUUCUGUAUGCCCCGUUGAGUUGCUUAAGAGGUGUUUAGUUAUGUUUAAGAUACACCCUGAUUCCAAAGAUUUUAUUUCAAGCCUAUUUCUAAAGGGAAGGGCUCUUGCAAGCUUGUUGCCGCUGAUAAGCCCACUAGUUACUCUACAAUUAGAGGGGCUUUUCGCUGGGACCUGCAAAGUCUCGGAGUUGAACCGUCCAAAUUGGGUUUGCAUUCUCUAAGAUCUGGGGGAGCCAUUACGAUAGCAAGUAAUGGAGUAAACGACAGAGUUUUCCAACGACAUGGUUUUUGGAAAUCGGUACAAGCCAAAGACACAUACGUAGACGAUAAUUUUGAACAAUGA